UAUAAUAUUUUAUAAACACAGUCUGUACAACAUUAUUAUCAUGUUCUGUUUAUAUAUUCGUUUUUGUUGUCCCCAGAACGUUUGAUCAUCGUAACUAUCUGAGUUAGAAUCAGAACUCGAAAUGUUUAUUUUCAAAACAGAAUGAACGAAAAAUGCAAAAUGAUAAUUUGCGUGUGCGCACAGAUUGCAAAACAUCGUCCAAAACAAAUGCCAUAACAGGAGGAAGGAGAAGGAACAUCAUCUCCCAUGGACCUUGGCGAUACAGAGACAGCAUCCAUACCAACUCCUCUUCCUCAUACAGACCCGGAUGAAUCAAAGUCUGUAACGGUACAGCGAGCAAACCCAGACUGUAGGGUGGACUCGGAAAGGCCCAUGUCUGAGUCAGAGCCACCACCUCAGAUAUUAUGGGAAUCACACCCUGCACAGACGGUGUCUAUUUCUCCACUUCCUGACAUAGACCCUGAAGAAUCAGAGUCAGUUCUGAAGCUGGAGACAGCCCCAGACACUGAGGUGGACCCUGAAAACACAAACUCUGACUCAGUUCCAUGUCAGACACAAGAGGAAUUCGACUCAGCACAGAAACCAUCAGAGCAGCGAGAUCCAGUCCCAGGUUUGAUCCUGCUGACUGAUCUCCCCUUUCCAACUGUGUCAGAGACAGCACUGUGUCUAGUACCACAACUAGACCCAUGUGACAUGAGGGGCUCUGAGGAUCCCAUAUCUGCUUCAGAACCACCUCAGAUAGACGAGGGACCAGACCCUCGCAGGAAUGAGCUGGCGUCUAUGCCCAGGCCUACUCCUCAUCCUCACAUAGAUUCCAGAGAGCUAGAGGCUACGCUGAAGCUGGGGCCAGACCCAAGCCCUGACACAGACUCAGAAAACCCAAGAUCUACAACAGAGACACCGCCUGAGCUACAAGGAGAGCCCGACCCAGCCGAGAUACCAUCAGAGCAGCCGGCCACAGCAUUGACCUCUAUGUCUGAAUCGGAGGUUGACCUGGCCUCUCCAGCUGUAUCAAGUUCAGUGUCAUGUGUUGGACAACCAGACUUGUGCAAUGGGAUGCGAUCUGAAAAUCCCAUCCCUGCCUCAGAGCCACUUCAGUUAGAGAUAGAAAAAUGUCCUGAUCUGGUCCAGAUACAGGCUAAUGAUCCUCUCCCUCACCUAGACUCCCAGGAAUUUGAGCCGGUGCCACCUCAUAAAUCCGACCCAGCACAGACAGGUCUACAGCCAAAACAGCCAGCCCCAGUCUCACUGACUGUCAAGACUGAGCCCGGUCUCUCUUCUCUGGCUAUAUUGUAUCCAGCAGCAUACAUCCGACAAGAACCAGGUGUAGAGACUCUGCAGUCUGACUCACAGGGGAGGGACAGAAUCAUUGAAGGCUCCCACCUGCGAUGUCUCCAACCACAGUCUCAGUCUCUCCCAUACUUUCCACCCAUACAAUCACCAACAUAUUCACCCAUACGGCCUCAGCAGUCUCCAUCCAUAUCGAAUGGCCCUUGUCCGAUGAUCUGUCACUCAAUCCUUAUCCCUAGCUGCCCUCCUCUGGAUCUCCCACCAGACUUUCCUUCAUAUCACCCCCAGAUUAACCAUAACUGCCCUCAACCAUGCCCUAAUCGCCCCUCACUGACCCACCAACCGAGGACUAAUUUCCUCUCACUAGCCCCCCAGCUACGCCCUAACCACCUCCAACCACCACCGCACUUCCAGCUCAGCCCAUGCUUACCCGGUCCUCUCCCUGGGAUGGCUGGUUCCAUCCCUGGUUCUAUCCCCAGCCAGCCCCCACCUCCCCAGGACUGGUGUCGCAGCGAGGGCUUCUCCUCCCGGGGGAUGUUUGAGAACUACAGGUGGUGGCAGAACCUCCGGGACAUGGCCAGCAAAAUCUACCCCGACAGUGGACCUGACGCAGAGGCCCUGGCCUGCUUCUUCAUUCCAGUGAUUCGUUCCCUCUGUCUCCAGUACCCCUCGCUCCUCUUCACCCAGGGCAUCAGUGUAGCAGUGGCAGAAUGGAGGAAGCUCUCCAACUACGACCGUAUGGAGUACUACCACUUGGCCCAGAAAUUCGUGGAGCUUGAGGUGGAGGAGGUGACAGCUAAGGAAAGGUCAAAGGUCAUACAAAGGUCACCGUCAGGGACAGGUCAGAGUGGAGCCCAGGCUGAAUUGAAAGCAGGUUACACGGGGAAGAGCAGUGCCACCACGUCAGCCAAAGAGACAGAAACCAAAUGCAACACAAGAGUUAACCAAGCCAAAGACAAAACUCAGAGGGCCACUAAGAGUGGCAGUGGUCCUAGAGUGUCCCGUGGUCGCCAACUAGGGAAAGUGGACAUCAAGGUCCUGGAGGAACGUGCCCUCGGGGAGUACACGGCAGCCAUGGAGGCCCUCCUUAUUGACCCCACUGGGGUCAGGGAGAGGUUAGAGGUCAGAAAUCAAGAGGAAGAGGGGGAUGAGAAAAAUAAUGAUGAGGGAGGAGAUGGGGAAGGCUCGUUCACAGAGUACCUAAAUGAGCUGUGCAGUCAGAAGGAGUUUGUCACUAAGGUAAUGAACAGACAAAGGAAUUGAUGUGAUGUAUAUUUGUCUUACAAUCAUAAGCAUUUCCUGGUGGAUUCUGUCUUUUCAGUCUUAUAAAUCGUAUAAUUUUAUGAUGGAUUUUGAAGGUAACGGACAACAGUUGAGAAAAAAUAAGAAACCUGCACACUGCUCUUGCUGGUAUCCCUGCUCUCUAUUAAGCUUUACAUAUUGGCCUCAAGGCCUUCGUCAGAGCUUUUGUGAGUGUUUGUAAUUUGCAACCUUAUGUAGACAUUGCUCCACCCACAUCCGUUCAAUGCCCCGAAUUGGGUUGGAGUCGAGGGAAAAUAAGCAAUUGUUACCAAAUAUAACAAUGUGCAUUUCAUAAGUAUUCUGAUAAAGUGUGUACAUAAAACGUAUUAAAAAAGUCUUAUCUAAGGGCGUCUCUUUUGCACCUACAUGUACAGACAAACCAUUUGAUACGAAAUUUGAUCUGUUUAAAUUCUUUCGCAAAAUUAAACUUAAACAUGUGUUUUCCCAAAACACUAUUUCUGGCCUAGAAACCCAACGAAGAACUGGUACCCAUUUUAUGCCCAAAAGCAAAUUCUGUCCUAUGGUUAACAACUCCUCGAUUAAUACCUAUUGUAGGUUAGUGGAACAAGAAGCCAUGUCAGUAUAUACGAGACAAACAAACCACAUUCAGAAGAACCUCACCAGGACAGAAGAACAUGUUUGGUUAUCAAACCUGCAGACAAGGGCGGUGCUGUGGUUGUUUGAGACUAUGAAAGAUAUUCAGAGACAACUCAGUAAUGAACGUUUGUGUUGAUCCCACACAGGUGUUCCAAAGGGACAUUAGCUCUAUUCUGGAGCCCGAUUUAAACAACCUUAUAUCAUAACCUGAAUAUGAAUACCUUUGCCAUAA